AUGAUCCUGCACUCUCCUGCAUCAGCGUCGACAACAGGAGGGUCGUCAAGAUCAGGCUCCUCUUCAUCAUCGUCUGGCGCGACACCCACGCCUUCCACUUCGGUUUCUGCUCCAGUACAGGCUCCCAAAGAAGGUGUCUUGUAUCAAUUAGGGAGCUAUAACUGCACGUCCACGAUAACACUCAACUACCUCACCGGAAUUUUCAAUGACUUCCUGGAGGCGACAUCUACCACCACCGAUGCUUCAUUCACAUAUCUACUUCUCAACAUCCACGCCGCUGCUUCCUGGCAACAUCCCAACGAGCCCGCCCAACAACCCGCCGGCGGUGUCCUUCCUCGGGCAGCCGGAAACCUCCUCAGCAACGUCAUGAAAGGCAACCUCUCCGAUCAGUUGUAUACACCGUCGAAACUUGCGAAUGAACGCGCAAAGCUGAGUAAUUCCUGGAACAAUGUCGACGCGGAUAACAAGCCAAGAGGAGGUUACUAUACGGUAGAAGGAGCUAACAGCAAUGAUCCAUCUUCCGCAGAUGGAUGGCCGGAUGAAGCAUAUGCUCAAUUUUCCAAGUUCUACCGCCUCAUUGCGAUAUUCGGCACUGUCGAUCCGCAAAUGGGUGACUAUAACAUGAGCCUUGACGCGGAUACAAUCUUCCCCUCCGAGACGAUCUCUUUCCAGCCUGAUGUCUCGUUCUCGUCCUCCGGCUCCCUGAGUGAAGGUUGCCUCUUCGACGCCUUCGACAAGACGGUCACACCGCAAAGAAACUCAUCCUUCGCCGUCGGCGUUGUGCCACCAACCCUCUCCGUAUCCUCCAACCCAGACCUCUUCUCCCCAAUCCCUCUCAUCUCAAACCUUACUGCCUGCGGCAUAUCACCAAUUCUCAACCACUCCCUCGCCAACACCACCGCAGACAAGAACCCCCUUCCCUACGCCGCCUUCACACACUCUUACCUCUGGACCUGGGCCCCCGGCGAGCCGCUCAACGCAACAGACGCGUCCACCUCCGGCGCGACAGGCAAUCGCUGCGCAGCCGCAUACACAGAAGGCGAGUGGUCCGGCCGCUGGCACGUAGUGGACUGCAACACGCCUUUGCGCAUCGCAUGCCAGGACCCUUCCUCCCCUACUCCUGGAGCAUCUCCCCCGCCCCGCAACCUCCGAAGACGCAACCAACGCGUGCGCCUCCCCUCCACCUUCUCCGUCCCGCACACCCCGCUCGAAAACGCACAUCUGCUUUCCGCCGCUCGCGCAGCCCUCUCCUCGACCGCUCCAACAUCAACACCUCUUCCAUCCUAA